CUCAAGGUCUCAGGUACAUGCUCAUUCUACUCUCCUUCAAAAGUAUGCAAUGGAAGGACUACUUUACCCUAAAAGUUCAGGGCUAUAGUCCAAGGAAAAGCUUGUAGAAGAGUAAGAUGAGCCAUUGGUGAGCAUCAAGCAUUGUGCUCUAUUCUUUGAGGCGCCUAGAAGAGUUCCUGAACCUGUUUAAAAAUCCUUCAAUGGCUCUCUGAGGUCAUAGCAUAAAGUCCAGGCUCACUAGUCCAAAAGUGCAAAACCUUCCAAGAUCGGACCCAUUGCCGACUUGACUAUUUAAAGCUUAUUCUCCACUUCACCCGGAGAUACACAAUGAGCUAAUAUCCACGUUUCAGUGUCUUUGCUUAUCAAAAGUUUUAAUUCAUCAUGGAUAAUCUGUCACCAGAAGAAAUUCAGCUGAGAGCCCACCAGGUUACUGAUGAGUCUCUGGAAAGUACAAGGAGAAUCCUGGGUUUAGCCAUUGAGUCUCAGGAUGCAGGAAUCAAGACUAUCACUAUGCUGGAUGAACAAGGGGAGCAACUAAACCGCAUAGAAGAAGGCAUGGACCAAAUAAAUAAAGACAUGAGAGAGGCAGAGAAGACUUUAACGGAACUCAACAAGUGCUGUGGCCUUUGUGUCUGUCCAUGUAAUAGGACAAAGAACUUUGAGUCCAGUAAGGCCUACAAGGCAACAUGGGGAGAUGGUGAAGACAACUCUCCUAGCAAUGUAGUAUCUAAGCAGCCAGGCCGAGUGACAAAUGGGCAGCCUCAACAACCAGCCACUGGAGCAGUUAGCGGUGGAUACAUUAAACGUAUAACUAAUGAUGCUAGAGAAGAUGAGAUGGAAGAGAACCUGACUCAAGUGGGCAGUAUCCUAGGAAACCUAAAAAACAUGGCCCUGGAAAUGGGCAAUGAGAUCGAGGCUCAAAAUCGAAAAAUAGACCGGAUCACAGAAAAGGCUGACACCAACAAAGAUCGUAUUGAUAUUGCCAAUGCCAGAGCAAAGAAACUCAUUGACAGCUAAAGCUGCUGCUGUACUUCUUUAUCAUGUAUUCACUUCUCUAGCUCCUCCUUCAAAGCCAUUACCUUUUCAGAGUUUGACGUUUUGGUUCCAUGCUCUUCUAAAUCAGGAGAUAAUGUGCAAGAAGGGCCAGGAGUACAGAUCCCCUAUUUUUUUUUUAAUGUUCUCUUUCCUUUGAGGGUACACUAUUGCUUGUCUGUCCUUGUAUAUUUUUUUUUCCUUGAUUCAUAGUUUUAGAUUGGUUUUUAUACAUCUUAUAUCGUGUUAUUUUUCAUCCUUCUCAUUUACUUUAGCAGGUUCUUUUGCUUUCAAGAUUUGGAAGCAUUGCCAAAGACAGCCAUGAAGAAGGAAACUGGGGGCAAGGGGAGCAUAAGGAGGAGAGGCAAGAGAUAAGAGGUUGUUACCUCAGUAAAACUUGCAUGCCACAAAGCAAAAAUUGCAUAGCCACAGUAAAGAUCUAGCUGGGUUUAAUUUUUAAUUUAAGCUGCAGUUAUUGCCAGUUUAGGCUAAUCCUUGGUAACGGAGCUUUUAUACACAAUAUUUUUGUUAUACAUCAUAACUUGGUAACCUCUGCUCCAAAAAAAAUAGAAUUUUUUCAAAGUGAGCUUAGUUGCUGAACUUCUGGUGAUUUGUGUAUGUACAUAGUGAUCCCAUUUCAUAUUGCACCUUACAGGAACACUUUGUAUAAAUGAAUGGCUUUUUAUUUUCACGUUAUUAGUAUCAUGGUCCCAUUACAUGCUUGUUAACCUCAUAAAUUUGUCAUUAGUCUUUGAAGAAAAAAAAUAUGUAAAUAUGUAUGUGUAACAUGAGAAUUUCUCUCUAAAGCAGGGCUUAAAUUUUUUUGGAGAAGUUUGACAAAGUAUAUCACGUGAAUUCAGAUUUACCUCAAAGCCAAGAAUUAUGUUUUGUUUUGUUUUGUUUUUUAAGAAUUAUGUUUAGAUAGGCUAAAAGAAACUUGUUUUGAUCUCAGGUAGAAAAAUAGUUAGAUUGCUUUGAAUUUUUUUGUAGCUUUAGACUUUAAAACUAGAAUUUAUUGUUUAACUAAAAAGUGAUUUGGAAAAUUAUGCCUUUGGUUUAAUUAUUGAUGACUGCACUAUCAUUCAGUUAGCCUUGUGGAUUGAAUUAUGUCCAGAAUCACAUUUAUUUAGAUCUUGAACAGUGUUAGAAGAAUCUGUUUGGUAUUUGUCACCCUUAUUUAAGAACUAGUGUCUGCAUACUUCAAAGCUAUUAAUGUGGAUUGGUUUGACCAAUAACCACUGCUUGAUCUUUACAAUUAAAUUUUAUAACUAACUAA